CUGCAGGGAAGUCGACAUUUGUCAAGCUACUAGAGAAACACAGCGAUGAGUGGGAGAUCAUCCCUGAGCCCAUCGCCAAGUGGUGCAACAUCCAGACAGCCGAGGAUGAUGAGUACGAGGAACUGUCCACAUCUCAGAAGAGUGGAGGAAAUCUACUUCAAAUGCUGUAUGAUAAACCCACACGAUGGGCUUACACAUUUCAGACUUACGCUUGCUUAAGUCGAGUAAGAGCACAAUUAAAACCCAUCUCAGCCAAGCUACGUGAAGCAGAACAUCCAGUGCAAUUCUUUGAGAGAUCUGUGUACAGUGACAGAUACGUAUUUGCUUCUAACCUGUUUGAGUCUGGAAAUAUAAAUGAAACCGAGUGGGCUGUUUAUCAGGACUGGCACACCUGGCUUCUGAACCAGUUUGAGUCGGACAUAGAACUGGAUGGCAUGAUCUACCUAAGAACCACACCUCAGAAAUGCAUGGAAAGGCUACAGACAAGGGGAAGAGAAGAAGAGCAAGGAAUUGAGCUUGAGUAUUUGGAAAACCUCCACUAUAAACAUGAAACCUGGCUCCAUGAAAGGACUAUGAGAGUCGAUUUUGAGAACCUUAAAGAGAUUCCCGUUCUAGUUUUGGAUGUUAAUGAAGAUUUCAAGAAUGACAAGAUUAAGCAGGAGUACUUGAUUGAUAAAGUCAAGUCUUUCCUGACUUAA